UUACGCGCCUGGUAUAGCUCAUACCUUAUACUUCACAGGUCUUUUAUUUGGUCAUUGGGAUACAGUAGCAGCUAGAGGGCGUGCUACGCUACUUUGGCUACAAGUGCUCAGGGCGAGGAUGAAUGGCUACUUUUAAUCGAAACUGUGUGACGUAUAUGGUGUAUCUGUAAUGUUGGCCACCGGCUUCGCUAUUCAAAACUGCCCAGGAAUGAUACCGGCGGGAGUGGAGCGCUAUGCCUAUCAGUAGUCAACGUGAAUUAGAUAAAAGUAUUCAACUCAAAAAGACAAAGUCAUAACUUUUCGCUGUACCGGUUGUUGUUCAGACCCGUACGAUUUUAAGUGUCCUUUUCAUGCCUUUUAUCGUCUUUCAAAAGCUGUUCACGUUAGCUUGCUAUCGCGACGCUAGCUAAGUAACCAAUCGACUAAAGAGCUAGUAGUAACAUUACACUAACGUUAACUUGUGUCUACUAGGUGUUUUUUUCUUUCAAGAGGAGUGGCGCACCGCACCAAGGAAGAAGGAUGUCGCUGCUUGCGUUGAAAACAAUGACUCGUCGAAUGGUUUCCUCUCUAUCAAUCGACUGUCUGGAUGUGUAACGUUAACGUCAAGUUAACUAUUCGCGAAGUGGCUGUGUAAAGUUGCGUUAGCUAACACAGCUAAUCAGCUUGUUGUCCUAGUUAGCGCACCUUGUUUUGUAAACAGUCGGUCUUCUUCAAGACUGUUAGCUGGGAUUGUACCCUAGCUAGCAUGUAUAGGCUACUCCAAGAUAAUACUUUCAUCAACUUUUAUUUUACUGUAACAUCACUCUCUGAAGAAUCCGUUCGUACAGAGGCUGGUAUAGGUGGAUUUUGAUUAAAAAAACAAAACAAAAUACAACAAAUCGAAGCGGACAGCUCACUGCGUGGACUGGCAAAAUGUCUAGAAGACGGCUGGACAGCCGCAGCUCUGCUGCUGGACUGUUGGGUGACAUACAGACACACAUACAGACGGAUCCUCUGGACAGCCUGUAUGAUAUCACAGGGGAGCUGGGCAGGGGCAAGUUUGCUGUGGUGAAGCAUUGUGUGGAGAAGUCCACGGGCAAAGUGUUUGCCGCCAAGUUCCUGAAGAAGCGUCGGCGCGGGCGCGACUGCAGGGCAGAGGUGGUGCACGAGAUGGCCGUGCUCGAAGCGGCGCGCAACAACCCGCGCGUGGUCAACCUGCAGGCUGCCCACGAGACGGACCAUGACAUCAUCCUGCUGCUUGAGUAUGCGGCGGGUGGGGAGAUCUUUGACUACUGCGUGUCUGACGAGCUGCUACCAGAGAGUCAGAUCACUCGCCUCAUCAGACAGACACUGGAAGGGCUUCAUUUCCUGCACCAGAACGGCGUUGUGCACUUAGAUCUCAAGCCCCAGAACAUUCUCCUGACCAGCCUGAGCCCACUAGGUGACGUCAAGAUUGUGGACUUUGGCCUGGCACGCAGGCUUGGCACAGCUGGCGAACUGAGGGAGAUACUGGGCACUCCCGAGUAUGUUGCACCAGAGAUCCUGAACUAUGAGCCCAUCACAACAGCCACAGACCUCUGGAGUGUUGGAGUCAUCGCUUACAUGCUGGUAACGGGCGAGUCUCCUUUCGCCGGGGACAAUAAGCAGGAGACAUUCCUGAAUGUGUCGCAGGUGAACGUGGACUUCAGCCGGGAGUCCUUCUCUAGGGUGUCCGAACUGGCCGUGGACUUCAUCCGCAAACUGCUGGUCAAAGCCCCCGAAGACAGGCCCAGUGCUGCCGACUGUAUGACCCACCCCUGGCUGUGGCAGCAUUAUCCCGGCACAGAACUCCUGUCCCCCACACCCUGCACUCCCCGGGAAAGGAGUGGGGGCAGCAAGUGGGCCGCACCACUCGAAGACCCAGAGGACAAGGAGAACUCGCCCCAUGCCAAACGGUUCCGCUUCGGGGAGGACAUGCCAUCCUUUGGAGAACCUGACCACUGAGGGGAUCAGCGUGAGGAGGCCUUGUCAAUGCCUUUCCCUCUUUCUCUUUUAUUCAUUUCCCACCUCAAGGUUUGGGCCCCACUUUCACCCAACAUCAGCGCUUUAAGUCACCGCGCUGUCGGCAAAGCCAUCUAGAGUUGCGACAUAAAAUGGUUAUGCAUAGCGUCCAAUGAGUUGCAGCUGUGUGAUUCAGUGUUGUAUGUCACUGAAGUCAUUGUUCGUCUCAAGAUUGAAUAAGCUUUGUUGCGUUCAAGUCACAAUGGAACUGUACAUUUUAAAUUCAAAUCUCAAAUUGAAUUUGUUAGGUAAAGAUCAGUGGCCAAAUGUGUCUUCGUGGGUAUCCUUGCAGUACUGUCUACGUAAUAACAUCUUUACCAAUAAUUUGGGAUGUUAAUUGUAUUUUUCAUUGUAUUUUAAGACCAGUUUCUUCCAGGCAUAUACCACGUUUUAAAGACAUGUUUUCCUUGUUUCCUUAAAUUAUACUAAAAAGGACCCUAAAACUACCCUUUAAAUGAACCAAACAAAUAUUGUAUGGAAGUAUUUCAUUUUUUUGUGUUUUAAGAUUUAUUAGGACAAGAACACAUAAGUGUGUCCUCAAAAAGUAUGUCCUCAAUAAAUGCCUAAGAGUAAAAGGAUCAUUUUUUCUCGGGCCUCAUGCCAGUCCUUUCAAAUAGCCUCCCUUUGUUUCUGCACUAUGACUAGAUGUAAAGUCAGUCGCAGGUGACAGUCAGCUUGGUGGUCUUGCUGACGUUUUGUUUUUGUUUGUUUGUUUGUUUGUUUGUUUGUUUUAAAUCAGUCAGUCUCCACUGCCGAGGAGGCUUUGAAACAUUCAGCUUGGGAGGAGUCUGUAGUUCUGACUCAACUGAACACGUUCUCCUGGCAGAAGUGAAAGCCUGCAAUUCGAGGCACGUUUCAUGUCAAAAAAUGUCCAGCCCAUCCCAGGGCAAUUAAAACACUGGAUGGCCCCUCACAAAAGAAUGACUCAACGCCACUCCCAGGAUUACUCAAUUAUGUUCUUGCGAUCAGCAUGCCACUUCCUUUAAGUCAGUGACUUAGAAUCUCGGAAAGCACUUAACUCUUCAGUGUCCCUUGUUUUCAAAAGGGAAAAUCCAUUGGUGUCCUGAACCUAAUGUAUCUUGCAGUGUGCAAACUGCAGUUUCUUUGUGUGCAUCGUAAGAAUUGGUAGUAGUACAGUGCAAGGUGUAUUGAAAUUUUCCAUUAAGCUUAAACCUCAGGAAGGGAAGCAUUGUACAGUGAAACUCUUACCAGUUAGCCUAUUAAUAUUCCCCAAGGCUCCCAGUUAAGUAACACAAUAUGAGGUGAUGACUGCCUUAUGCUGUACAAAAACAGGAUUUACUCCCAAUACUGCAUUUUGGGCAUCAGUGAACUUUCUUAAACAUUUAAUAGCAUAGAAUAUAUCAAUGUUUUAAAAUGUAAUAUUAUUUUAUCUUUAUACAUUCCAAGCCUUCUCAUCUCAGGGUAAGCCAAUGACUGGAUGGAUAUCUAUUGCCUGCCAAUCCGCUGUGUGCCUCUUUAUGCUUGCUCUGAGUCUUAGGGAUUUCUCGCAAUAAGUUAUGCAAUUUAUAUUUAUAUCUAUAUGGGAAUUAUAGUAUCAUUCUAUCAUGAUAGAAGUGUGUAUAUCAUGCAAUAAUUUACUUUAAUAAGAACGGUGUAUAACUGGUCACUCUUUGCACUAGAUGGACUGUGUUAAGAUUGAUAAGAUUGAAUGUUAUGAGUUGAAAAAAAUCAAGUUGCAUAGAGAGGUAGUCUGUGAAGGUACGUUUGGAUACAUUUGCAAGUAAAGUUAUUUGCCAAGGCAAUGUGGCUCAAGAAAGUUUUUGAAACUGAGGAUCUAGGUAGUAUGGACAGUGAGGACGGGUUGAGAUUUGUAGGGACUGCUGCAAGAGUGUAUUGAGCGUACGAAAUGAGAAAUGGUUAAGUUACUCUGUAAGAAAAUUAAAAGAAAAGAAUGCUGCUGGGAUGAGAUGAGAUACGUUGUGAUGAAGUUAUGAAGUUGGUGGUAGGUUGAGGAAAAUAAGAUGUUAAUGGUCUAAAGUACUUAUCAGGUAACAUUCCAAAUGGGAAUGGAAUUAUCCAAUAUUAAAGGGAGUUAACCAGUUUCAGUUUCACAUUAGAAGUGAGGACAAACUGGUCAAAACAGGUGACCAAUAAAGUGUUAGGUAAGGUAGAGUUUCCAUUUAAACAACACAGCAUGUGUUACUGCACACUGAUGCACUGCAUUUCAGAAUUGGAAAUGAGACUGUAAGCGCAAGCCUAUAUGCCAAAUGUUUCUCUAUCUUCAGGGGAGGUGUGAAGAGCUUACUGUUUGCUCUGUGUAGUCGCUCCCAGGGUCUCCUAGCGAUGGCACCGACUGCUACACACAAGUGGAGCCUUUGUCCCAAAGACGGGUGUCUCCUGUUACGGCCAUGCUCUCACUGUAUGCUGUCAUUUUAAGGGAACCAGAGUCCGUGUCCAUGCUCUGGGAGAUGGCGUCAGCGAAAGGCUCUCAGACUGUGGAGUGUGAGGGUGAAAUUUUAAACCCAGGGAGAACGUCGGUAUGGAUUCAUUGAGCCCACUGAGAUGCACUGCUGUGGUGUUUUGUUGUAGCUUGGUGCAUCGCUGGAGAUCUGGUAAUUUUACGUGUAAGCUUAGGGUUGGUUUUCUGUUUUAGUGAUUUGUGGCCAGUGUAACUUUCCCUUGGAUGUUAGUUGGCAAACUGCACAGUGCAGUGUUCUUUUGUUUGUUUGUUUUUGUCUUUCCUGAAUGUUAUAGCUUUUGUCAUUCUUGUACACAUUAUACAAAGAGAUUUACAUAUUUAAUUGAUUUGUAAAAUAUUGAUUACACAGACCUACUCAAAUGAAUGAGUCUAAUGUAGAUUAUAAUCAAAAUGUAUGGAUGUGGAUUUACAGAUAAAGUGCCAUGGUUUAACAUGUACUCCAAUGUAAAACAAAACUGAUGUCUUUACAAAUAAACCCAGUCAGUAUCCUUUCUAA